AUGGCGAGCGAUGAGGCGGUGGGGAGCCCGAGGCGCGGGAAACCGCCGCCGCGACCUUCUUCGCGAACGUCUCCCUCGAGUGCGGACGAUGACGUGCCCGUGGAGCGCACCGAGGAUGAGAAGGCCGCGGCAUGGGACGCCAUUGCCAGCAGGGUCAUGGCCGCUGCGGGCUCGGCGUACGAGGGAACCUGCACCCCCGUGACGCGCGACGCGGAGGUCGAGCAACUUCGACGGCGGCUCCAAGAGUACAGGGACGAGAACGACUCGCUCGGCGAAGCGGUGCGGGCGAUGAAAGCGGCGCUCGAUGCCGCCAAUGAGGACGCGGCGAACGCGGAAACGACGAGGAACGAGCGCGACGAGGCGAAGGAGGAAUUGGCGAAGACCAAGGCGCUGCUCGCCAAGGCGGACGCGACGCUGAGGAAUCUCAAGGACAGAGUCGCGGAGAUGGAGCAGCUCUGUCUGGAUCAACAGGAUGAUGUCAUCGCGUCGAAUCAGGCAAUGGAGGCUGCGGAGGAGAAGCUCGCGGAGGCUGAGGGCGCCGCGCAGGCAUCCUCUGAGGAUGCCAAAGCCGCGCAGGCGAUGGCGACGGAGCUCAGGGACCGAGUCGCGCUGCUGGAGGCGGACGCGGAUAUAAAGGCGUCGCAGCAGGGUAUCAUCGAGGGCCUGGAAGUGGCCCUCGCCGAGGCGAGACAGGCGGCGGCCAGCGCGUCGGCGGACCGGGAGACGUUCCAGUCCAAGUGGAGGGCCGAGUGGGAGGCGGCCAAAGACGAGCACGCCGCCGAGCUCCGGGGCGGGAGGGCGAGGAUGGCGAUGCUCGAGGCCGACCUAGCGGAACUGAGGGAGACGCUGCGCACGGAGCGGAGGGAAUGGUGCGGCCGGAGGAGGGAGCUGGAGACCCGGCUGUGCGAGGCGCUGGCGCAGGCGCGCAGGUUCAGGGAGGACCAGAAGGGAGCGGCUGAGAGCCUGCGCAUCAUGGUGGAGCACGAGAGCACGCUGCGAACGGCGGCGAGGCACCAGACAGAGGUGGUGGCGCGGCUCAGGGGCGACGCGGCCACGAGCGCGGUGAGGUGCGAGAACGUCGCGUCGCACUGUGCAGAGCUCCUCAAGGAACGCGACGCGGCAACUCGACGAGCCGAGGAUGCGGAAAACGCCGCGCGUCGCGCGAGGGAGGAGGCCGGGGAGGCGUGGGGUAACCCCGCGGCUGCGCUCUCUCGCGCGGUCGCCGGCGAUCUAGAAGGCGGUUCGGAUGCGGGGCGCGUUCCCGCGCUCCUCGCCGCGGCCGUGCGGGGGUCCCAUCGCGGUCCGGACUCGUUCGAACCGACUGCGGGUCCCGAGGGGUUGAACCGCCGCGCCGAGACGGGGGACCCGGACGGUCCCGCGCGCAUGUCCCCGUCGACGCCGAGCCCCGGGGAGGCGUCCCCGUCGACGCCGAGCCCUGGGGAGGCGUCUCGGACCCCGCCGCCCGCCAAAUGGAUCCACUCCAUCGGCGAUGACGUCGCCGAGGAGCUCAUCCACGCGUUGGCGAGGGAGGUUGCCGGUUCGAGGGGGCGCGAAGAGGGUUUGAGGAAAGAGCUCGUGGAGGCGAGAGAAGCACGGAACGAUGCCCGGAAGGCUCUGGUCAACGAGGUCCACAGGGUGCACGAGCUGGAGAGGCUCAGGGUGAACGAUUUGCGCGAGCUGCACGCAGCGGAGCAGAAUGCCAGGUCGGCUAUGGUCACCGCAUGGUCGCUUCGAGACAGGCUGGCGACGGCGGCGGCGCACGUGGAACGGUUUGAGGUUGACGCCGAUGCGGCGAAGCGGGGCGCCGAGCUGGUGGAGACGCGCGAAGACGGCUGGUGGCCCGUCGCGCGCGGACACAAGGGCCCAGAACGGACGGUUGAAACCAUAGACGACGAGCCGAGGCCGGCGGAACGGGCGCUCGACAUGCUGGCGUCGGGAGCGGAAGCGGCGACUGGUGAGGAGCACGCUCUCGGCACCUUCAUCGACCCCGCGCUCGUGGAGGAAGCCCUCGAGGAACUCGCCGUGGAGGCUGCGAUGUCGAGCCCGCACGGUAGCUCCCCGCUACUGAGCGACGCGCGACCCCGCACCCCGGACAGGGGCGAGGCCGACGAUGUCGAGGAGGUUCCCCGCAGGUGGACGCCACCGCGCAAGUCGGGCCCGGCGUCGGAACUGACGACGGAGCCAAGCGCGUCAAUCUUCGCGCCGUUCUGA